AUGGCUACCAGAACCGCGCAUCCUCGAGAUACCUCGAGGAAUCGAUCGCGAGAUACGUCCCGGACUCGAGACCGAUCUGUCGAACCACAGCAGCAGCGCAGAACCGUCGACUCUACCCCCAAAGCUGCUGGUACCAAGCGGCUGUUCAGCAACCGGGCUUCGAGGCUACCUGUCGAUUCAGAAGACCAUGGCGAGAACUACGGGGGCGAUACAUAUGAGGAUGAGGAGGUUCAUUCGGAGAAGCGCCGCCGACCAAGUGACUGGCCAUUGUCGAACACCAGUCCGGCCAGCACUGCUCAAGCACGUCAGCCGCUGCGAAGUCGAAGCAGGAAUACACCCAACUCCCCCAAUUUCCGCCGCCGAUCGAGUUCCCAAGCCCGCCCGUCCAAGUUCGUCGAGGGCAGCAUGAACGACCGCGCGAGCAUGAAACCACCCAUGCCGUAUAUAGGUACCGAACAGCAAUUCAUAGAUGGACUUGACGAGCACCGACAGAACGAAAACCGUUGGAGCAAGACGCGGAAAUACACACAUCACGCAAACGCCUCCCUGGUAGAAUCCACGGCCGACCGCUCCGAAAUCUCUCGCCACUCUGGAAUCUUCCGGUUUGGAAAAUCCAUCGCCUCGUCUUUCAAUCCUAGCAAUUGGAAGAUCUGGUCGAAGCCUCAGCCAGCCGUCGUUGUCGAUGAGGAGGAGAUUGCACAGCAGCGUAUCCUGCGGGAGAGGCAGGAGGCGGCUGAGAGGAUUUAUCAGGAGCUUAAACAGGCCGGGCAUUUCAAGGCUGCGACUCCCCGUGCUAAUCGCCCGCAACUCCAGGAGCCGGGACAGGAGCAGCAGCGGGAGAUGGAGAGUCAGAAAAACUCGCCUGCGAAGCAUGAUUCUGGAGUUGAUUUCUACGACCAGAGUGCCUAUCCAGCCGUGGAUAUAUCUCGCGAGGAGAAGCGAAAAGGCACCGUUUUCCUCGAGCCCCCCAGCUUCCCCAGCACCCAGCACCGCGGCGAGAGCCCUGCUGCAUCUUUCUGCGGCUCCGCACCACGAUCGACUAACUCUUCGCCGAGCAAGCAGUCGUUUAGUCUCAAGCGUGCUUCAUUCUCUAAUAUCAAGAAGGCGUUUACCAAUGAUAGCGUUACGAACUUGCAUGAGACUGAGUUCCGCCAGGCGAGACGCAUCCCGUCCAGGAAGGAUCUUCAGAAGCAGCAGAAAUUGGUAAAGCGUGUUAGUGAUCUCGAGGGCAAGCUGGAGGCUGCGAGGAGACAGCUUACGGAGUCGCUGGCUGAACCUGUACCUUCGCAACCGAUGCCGCCUGCUAGAAUUGGAAGACCGCGGUUUGUGCCGGGAGCGUUGUCAACUCUUCCGUCUGAGAGGCUUUUGAGUGGAUAUGUUAGCUCGGAGGCGGAUGCCAGUGAGGGUGAGGCGUUUUAUGAUAUUGGGAGAGCGGUGACUGUUGAUCAACCGAAGAAGGAUGUGGGAGUUAUGCCGGGGAAGAGAGCUGAUUCCGAGCACAGAGAGCCCAGCCAAUUGCCCAUAACAGGCAUGGCGGAUUGGAAUGUGAAGCCUUUACCUUGCCCGCCCAAGGAGGAAGUGAUGCAGAGCGUGGAGGAUGAUGAGAUCCCCGAAGACGCCAUCGUGCUAGCCGCGCCAUCUGAGGAGCUUGUUGUCAAAGUCGAAGAACCUGAGUCUAGCGAUUUAUCAUCCUUGGAAGAGGAGCAUGAAAUCACACCAAAGCCAGUAGCAACUGCGAAGAAGACGAGGAAUCUUACGCCAAAGAAGAGAAAGAGCGUGUUUGAAGGCUUGGCUGAUGAUGGCGGGAGAUAUAAACCCACGGAUGCGGAUUCGGACGGUGAAUCUGAGAUCAAGAAGCCAGCGCUCAAGAAGAAGAGUGCCACUGCUCGACCAAGAAAACUUCAGAAGGUUACUCAAGAAGCCGCUCCUCCUAUGCCCAGAGCUAAGCCAUCCAUUUCAACCGUCGCUGCAAGAAGAAGCAGCAUCACAAACACCACAAGCUCCAUCCCAACAGCCAGAGCAUCAUCUUCCUCACGCCUAGUCAAACCUACCGCCCGCACCUCUCGACAAUCUACAUCCCCUCCCCCAUCCUCAACCUUCACAGGCCUCGACUACGCCAAAUCAUCUACCUCCUCCAAAGCCCGCAAGAACAGCGAACAGCUCGCCUCCCCCGCUAAGAACGUGGCGUAUAUUGCUAAUCCCGCUAUGGGGAAUGAUGUACCGCCUAUGCCGAAAUUACCUAAGGCUGUGAGGUUGGCUAGUGGAGAGGUUGUUAGUACGCAGGGCUCGAGUGUGGUGGGUGAGGGUAAGAGGAAGUUGAGGAAGGAGAAGCCUGGGGUUGAGAGUGAGAGUGAGAUGGCGAAGGCGUCGUUUGAGUGGCCGGCUGAUGUCUUUUGA